AUGUCUGAGAAUAUGAACCACGUGUACACUAACGGUAAGGCAUUUUAAAUUUAGCCAGGAUUUCAUUUUUGGGAUCCGUAGUUAAAUAAUUACAUAUUAUUAGGUAUAUUAGUUUGGUUUUAAAAUAAAAAUUUUCGAAGACGGGGGAUAGGGCGAAGAGUUUUGAAUACGAAUGUAUUUUGAUACAUCAUUGUUCCAUUUUCCCAGCGACAAGUAUCGAAUUUGAUCCAGACCCAAGACGCAUCGGAAUCUGGAAUGGAAAAAUCGGAAAAUCAUUAUUCUAAGUAUUCGUUGGGUUGUUAACGAAAAAAAAUGUAAAGUGUUUUUCAAUAUUUUGACAUUUAUUUUUUCAAAACCCAAGAGCUAGACUUACAUCGAAGUAAUAAACCCCUUUAAAAUAUUUUGUUCUUCAAAACACAAUACCUAUUUCAAUCUUAUUUUAUUUAUUUUCUUUUUAAUAUAUUUCAAUAUUGAAUUUGAAUGUUUGGAAAAUGGCAUUUGUUUUAUUUAACAGUUUUCUGUCUUUUUGAUUUUAUUUUAUCCAUUGAUAAAAUUAUAUCUCGAUAUAAAGAGUUCAAUCAUUUGUUUUCUCAAUUACCUAUUUUAAACAUUAAUUUAUGUAGAUGCUGGAUAGGUAGGCCAUUUUAGUCUGUGGAUAUAAUGCAAAGAAUUCUCAACAAUUAUUAAUAUAUUCAUUUCUUGUCAAGUUUCCUGUGUACCUAUUAAAUUAUAAUUUUAUAUGGGUUUUUUUUAGCUAUUUUAUUGCGAAAAUAGAUAAACAUGGGUUAGAAAAAAACAAAUACCUAUCACCUUAUUGUACAAAUCAUUAUUUCAUUAUAAAUACUUCACCUUGAUCUCAACUAUUUGGGGUUGAGACCACCCUUAUUCUAAAUUUCUAUUUGACCCGAUCUUCCACCUCGCAUAUACCUACUGUCCUAAUAUCAUUCUCAAUCGCAUCCAACAAUUUGUCUUCCCCUCCACCUUUUUCCUUCUACUUUUAUUUUUAUUUAAACUCUUACUGAUUUAAAUUCUUCUCUUGCCACGAGAUGCUCAAACCAUCUCAGUCCAAUUUGCUCUCAUUUUAUCUACUAUCAAAGCCAUUGUUAAGCUACCCCCUACCUCUUAUAUACUUGACCCUUAUCCUAUCUCCUUUUGUCACUCCAUUCAUCCAUUUAAUUAUUUGCAUCUCUGUUACACUCAUUCUCUGUUCUAUUUUUCUGUCUACUGCCUAAUAUUUUAAACCAUACAACAUAGUUAGUUUCACCAGACUUGUAUAGAACAACUUUUAGUUUCAUUGGAAUCCUCUUGUUAUAUAUAAAACUUCUGAUGCUUCUCUCCACUUUAUCCAAUUAUACUUAGUCUUGUUUCUUGUUUUUUAUGAAAACCAACUUGUACAAGAGAUCCUAGAUGAAACUCUCGAGCUCAUUUAUAACCGCUUAUUGUCAUUAGCAGUUUUGUUCUGUUCCUCCAAACUCUUAAUAAUAAAUUAUCCUUAUAAUAUUAAUUUGUAUUGCACAGAAUUUUAUUUUUACUUUUUACAAUUAUUAUGUUUACUGGUAAAUUAUCCACCACAAACAAGCGCUUUCUUUUCUUUGUUACUGUACACACUAAUUAUUAUUGUAAAAAAUAAUAUUUUAUUUAAAUUGGGAAAUAAUUACAUUGCAUAUUAUCAAGGCUGCUUUAAAUUACAUUCUGUCCUAAUAUCCCAAAUCUUAUACACCGUCUUCAUAAAUAAUGUUUUUGAUGACACAUUCUUAAAUGUGAUUAAUGAUUUUUUAUUAAAGUUCACAGACCAAGAUUACAAAAUUUAAAGUAAAUUAGUGGACCCCUAUGAAAGAUUUGCAUUAAAACAUACAUUUUUAACUUUGAUUUAAACAAAGAAUAAAUUGUACAAUAAUUAAUUAAAAAUUGAUCAGAAGAGUGAUUAAAGUAGUACUCACCUAAUUUUUUUGAUUUUUAAGUUCAGAGGGAUAUAAAGGAUAUUACAAAAACUCUCCUUUUAGAAAUAAUAAAAUAAAAUUACCUAACCAAAUACUACUAUGUUUUAUGAGGACAUUUUACUAGUAGGUACCUAUUUUUUAAAACUAUUUAUGGAGUAAAUUUUAAAUUCUAAGAUAUAACACUUCAUAAUAUAUUAUAAUUUAUUCUUCUUAUCCUAUUCACUAUGAUUGGAUUUAUUAUAAUUAGUGAAAAAUUGUGAUAUUGGUAUUAAUUUUUACUAUUUAUUGGGUUUACAGAACAAUCUUCAAAUAAUGGUGUACAUAUCAAAAUGUCUAACAAGGAAGUCUCUAAUGAAGAUCAGGUAUGUUUAAAAUAUAAAUUGAAUAACUUGUUUCUUAUAAUAUAAUAAUAAUUAUUGUUAUAACUUAAACAAAAACAAUAGCAUAAAAUAUUAUAUUGGAGUACAAAUAAAUACAUACAGCUGUGAUUGUAUUACUUUAAUUUCCUAGUGAUUAUGCCUUUAAGAAUAUCUUGACGAUUACUGUGCAGCAUUCAUACCACCAUUUAAUUUUUUUUUAUUUUUAAUGUACAUUUUAAACACUAUUAUAUUUUAUUUUGCAUGAAGCAUGCUGUGGAAUUUACAUUUCAAAUUUUAGAACACUUCAAUUUACUAAAUAACUUUAUUAAAACAUCAUUAAAAUAAUUAAUUAAAAUUGUACUUUGAAUAUUUAUUUUUAUUCAAUAAUAUGCACCAAUAUUUUACGACUAAUUACUGGUGCAACCAAGACAAAUGGAUCAAUAAAAUAAAUAACUAUUUCAAUUAAUUUUUAGUGUGGAGUCACCAGCUAUUAAGAGCUUUAACAAUAAAGUAAACCAUGCUUAUCUCUUAGAUAAACUUCAUUCUAUUGGUAUUUAUAAUCCAUUUUUAUCAUGGUUGAUUUCAUUUGUCACUUAGAAAACAGAUUGUUAAAAUUAAUAACUUUAUUUCAGAACCUUCUAGUAUUCUAUCUGGUGUUCCACAAAGCUCACACUUAGCUCCAUUGCUAUUUAUAUUAUUCAUUAAUGAUUUACAUUUUAUAAAAUCUUAUAAACUGCUGUUUGCGGAUGAUAUGAAAUUAUCUUGAGUAGUAUAAUCAUCCUCAGAUUCAGUGUUUUUACAAAAUGAUUUAAAUCUUUUAUCAAUCUGGUGUAAAAAAAAAAAAAAUUAUUGUUGAAUAUUAAUAAAUGCAAAGUAAUUUCAUUGGCCAAAUCUUGUACACUGAAUCUUUAUAAUUAUUAUUUAGAUAAUAUUUUGCUUCAUUAGGUGAUUGAAAAUCUUGAUUUAGGUGUUGCGUUUAGUUCGAAUUUAUCAUUCAAAUAUUAUUUAAAUAUUUCUAAGAAAUCAUCAUCUAUUCAACGAUUCAUAAGUAGGACGCGUGUAAAGAUUUUACUAACCCCUUUACAUUUAAGACAUAUUUUUCACUGGUACAUUAUAUUCUAGAACAUAAUUUAAUAGUCUGGUCACCCUCUGAAAAUACUUAUAUUCAAUGUCUUGAAGCUAUACAGAAUAGCUUUCUUUGUUUUAUCUUGAAUAAAUGUGAUAUUCCACAUCAACCUCAUACACUUUAUAAACCAUUGUUAGAGACACUAAAUAUGACUAGUCUUGCUGUCGGAAGAAAUAUUAGUGAUUUAAAAUUCCUAUAUAAAUCGGUUAAUGGUUAUAUACUCAGCUCUAAAUUAUUAAAUUAUUUAGAUUUUUAUGUUUCUCAGCUCUUCCUUAGCUCUUCAAAUUAAUAAUAAAUAAAUAAAUACUUGUAGUCCGAAAGAAAUUUAAUUUAAUAUAGUAUUUUUUAUAUAUAUAUAUAUAUAUAUAUAUCUAAUAUCAAAUUUUGAUGAAUUUGUUAAUAUUAUAUCCUAAUUUGUAGGUGAAUGUUAGAUACUGGAUACUGGUCAUUUAUUUUUUCGAUUACCUACUGUGGUCUGUGAUAAACUGAUAAAUUAUAGCAAACACUUAAGCUGCGCUAUCUAUUUUGUUUAGGUGUUUGAAAAUACGGAAGGAUGACAGAGUUCAGAUUUGAUAAGGUCAAGGUUGUAGUGUGUUAGCACUUAUAUGUGCCAGAUGGAAUACACUGAGUGGGAGUACCUGAAGUGUAUAAAACAUUCAACCAGAAUGUACCCAUAUAUUGUAGGAAUAGCAAGGGAUUUCACUAUACUAAUUAAUAGUUUUAGUUAAAGGAAAUGGUUUUUCCAAAGGCACUGUUUAAAAACGACAAGUGUGCUAGGAGGUUAAAAACUGAAUCUAAAUUCAAAAAUAUUCAAUCCAUUAUACAGUAGAAUUCUUAUAAAGUUGAAUCAAGACUUGAAUUACUAAAUAUACAAAUUUAAUCAGAUCACACUAUCCUAUUUCAUGUUAACUAUUACUUACAGUUGAAAAUGUUUAUUUUUACAAUAUAACCUCAUUUUAAAAUUUGAUUAUUCCUACACACAUUAUCAUCAAGCUCAUUUAAUAUAUAAUUGAUUGAUUUUAGAUUCACAGAGGAAGAGUGAUUUAUUAAUUAGUUUUACUUUUUUUAAAUUUUUUUUUUGUAUUUUACCAACUUUUCUACCACUAAAUUUGCUCCAAUCUACAAAUAACAAGAGACUUCUUGGUUGUAUUUUGGAUUUAGUUGUUGCAUUGGGAAGAUUAAUUUUUGAUUUUCCAAAAGGUUUUCAUAAUAAUUUAGGAAAACUGGGAAAAAAAUAUUAGACCCUACAUUAUUAUUUUAGAUUAAAAAUAUUGGUUUUUCCAUAUAAUUUGGGGAGUUUUAAAAGAAACUGAUUAGUGAUGUAUUUAUAUUGUGUAUAGUGAUUUUAAAUAUUUUCCUGUAAUCUUAUAUUCUUACACACCUAGUGGCUAAUGUAUCUCUUGGUUAAUUUUUAUCAUAAUUUAAUAUACCUAAUUUUUAUUUCAGAUUAUACUGAAAGUUAACCAACUGAAACCCAGUUAUUCUAAUAGAAAAAUUGGGGAAAAAUACAAAUUAAAUGCUGAAGAUACAGGUAAGAUAAAAAGUAAUUUACUUAAUUAUUGUACUUAGGAUUUAUCAGUCUAGAAUAUAACAGGGGUUAUCUAGCGAACCAAAGCUACAACUAAACAAAAUGUUAAUUUAAAUUAUAAUGUAAAUGGGGAUAAAACCACUAGCGAUGGAACACUCUCUGGUCAACCCAAUCUCAAUUUAAAUAAUGCCAAGGAAUUCCCAUGUCUUCCCACAAACGUGUCUCACCCACAAGAUAGCAAAGACAAAACAAAUUACUACAAAAAAAAUUAUUAAAAUUCAAAUGUUUAAUACUCAGCUCGAUAAUAAUCUAACUUCUCAAUUUUCCUCAUUCUUAUCAGAAUUAAAAUUAGUGAUAAAUCCUUUAAUCCAACUUCUCACUACGGUCAUAAAUAAACUAGUCCUAAAAGAUGUUAAAUAAACAAGCGAACAUAAACUCCCUUAGAAUUUUUCUUUGGAACGCAAAUGGUCUUAAACGUCAUGAACCUGAACUGCUCAUAAACAUAUAAUCAGAUUUCUUGAUAGUCCUUUACCAAUGUCUCUCCCAGCAAAACACACAACCCCAAAUGAAAUCAAACAUUUAAUUAGCAAACUAAAGCCAAAGAAGUCACCUGAAUAUGACUUAAAUACAAACAAAAUAUUACAACACUUACCCAAUAAAACUAUUACUUCUCACAUUUAUUUACAAUUCCAUGUUAAGACUCUCUCACUUCCCUCAAAUCUGGAAAUUUUCUAUAAUAAUACUUAUACAUAAACCUGGUAAACCCAAACACCUACCGUCAUCCUAUAGACCUAUAAGUCUACUACCAGUUUUAGCUAAAUUGUCUGAGAAAAGUAUCCUUAAAAGAAUUAGACCACUCAUUCAUUCAAACAAUACAAUACCCCACACACAAUUUGGUUUCAGGACAUCCCAUUCGACAAUACAUCAAAUACACAGAAUUACUGAUAAAAUUCAAACUUCAUUUGAAAAUAAAGAAUACUGCUCAGUUUUCCUAGAUGUGGCCCAAGCCUUUGAUAGAGUUUGGCACGAUGGCCUCUUAUACAAGUUAAAAUUAUUCCUCCCAGCUCCCUACUAUCUAAUAAUCCAAUCCUACCUCUAUGAUCGUACAUUUGCAGUUCGACAGGGCGACUCAAUAUCCUCCUACUUUACAAUCUCUGCCGGUGUUCCACAAGGAAGUGACCUAUCACCCAACUUAUUUAACAUAUAUACAUCAGAUAUUCCAAAAACAGCAAACACAACCUUAGCAACUUAUGCAGAUGAUACAGCUAUACUCUCCUCCAAUUCAGACCCUAUUCUAUCUUCAAGCUAUCUCCAAAAUCACCUCAAUUUAAUAAAUACCUGGGCAACCAAGUGGAAAAUUCUAAUAAAUCUUUCCAAGUGCCAUUUACACUGCGUAAACACAACCUCCCCUCGCUCCAACUUCAAGGAGUCGAGAAUCCUUCAUCGAAUCAGGUAAAAUACUUGGGAAUUUUACUAGACAAAAGAUUGACAUGGGGACUUCAUCUAAAGUCCAAAUGUAAAAUCCUUAACUACCUCCUUCAUCUACUCAGGCCGAUUCUUAAAUCGAUUCUAAACUUGAGACACAUUUUGAAAACAUUUGUAUGGCAUGGCACCUUCAGAUAUCAAGAACUUCAUAGUUUAUGACAUAAACAUAAAACAUACAAUACAAUAAUUUAAUAAAUUAGAAAAUUCAAACACUUAAGUUUUAGAGAACAUGCAUUAUUAUAAUAUAUAGGGUCGACACCAUUGAAUGCCAUUAGUGUAUAUAAACAAUAAUUAAGAGCUGUCUAGACUAAUCAAUACUACUAAAUUUAUUAUGGCUCAACAAUUUAGUGAUAAGUUAUAAUUUUUUUUUUUUAAAUUAUUAAAACUUUGUACCCAUUUAGAUAUCAUUCCUUUUUUCUGGAAACUUAACCCAUUUUUCUCAUUUAAAUUUUUGUGGGAUAUUAAUACUUUAUGUAAUUAACAAUAAUAGUGUAAUAUUCACAUAUUAAACUUUGUAGUAUAAUUACUAAAUAAUAUAAAUCCCAAAAUAGAACCUAAUAGCCAGUUGAUAUAUUAUAAUUAUAUAUGUUAUAGUAUACCUUAGUUAUCUGGAUAAUAUAGGCUAGCCUUAGAAAAUAAGUAGCUAGAUUGAUUAAAUAGAGGGAUUAGAGAGGAAAAUUUGGUUUGUGUAAAUAUACACUUAAUAUAUGUUAUACAAUUAUUUAUUUACUCAGUUAAAAUAUACAACUCCAACUUAUUCUAUGCAAUUAAUUUUUUUUUCUAAUUCUUCGAUGUUAAUUUGAUUGGCAAUUUUAUUUUUGAAUUACAGAAAUACACAAAACAAAAAACCCAAAAAGUGCAACAAUUGUUUUAAAUCAAUUUGAUGACAAUAGUAUGACAAAUAAUGAUACUAUGACAUAUGAUACUACGAUAAAUGAACCAGGUAAUAAACUCAUGUAUAAAAUUAAGAAUAAUUAAUACUUUAGUGUAAAAAAAACUGUUCUCACUAUAAUAAACAAUAUAUUUUAAAUUUAGUUUAUAAUUGAUACAUCAAUGGCUGUUAUCAGCCAUAUUAUACUCAGUUUAUAAAUCUGAUGAAUGUUUUUGUUUACAUUAGUGAAAGUUGAAUUAAAAACAUUCUAUAAAUAGUAUUACAUAAAUUUGUAGUAUAUGUAAGAUUAAAUGAAGUUUAAAAAAAAUCAAAUGUUUAAAUAUAAGUGCUAUUUAAUUAUUUCAUUUUCAAAUUAGUACUGAAAUUCUAAUUAUUUAUUGUUGUGUAAUUUAUUAUUUGAUUGAGUUUUUUCUUCUUUAGAAAGCAUUUCAGAAGAUGUGUUAUUGGGAGAAGUUUGUCCAAAGAAAAUAAACAGCACUCAUCAAGGGUCAACAGUAAGUGAUAUUUAACUGUUGUUUUAACUACAAAAUACUGGUUAAUACGGUCUAAGAUAAUGUGUGUCUUAACAUUGUAUUGAUCAUCUUGUAUAAUAUUAACAGGUUCAUAAACUAAAUUAUUUUUAUUUAUUUCUUGGUUAAAUUUGUUUUAUAUUAUUUAUUAUAUCUCUAAAUCUGAUUUUUAAUAAUGUUAUGCUGCGUCCACACCGAACAAACAAUUAGAAAAACGUUUGUUUGAUCUAGAGGUGUUUCCAAACAAAUUUGUUUGUCAAUAAUCCAAACAAAAAUGUUAGCUCACUAAGCAUUUUGAAUGUAUGUUUGUAAAUUAUAUAAUAUUAAUUUAAAUAAUAAUCAUAAUUUAUAUAAUUUAAUUAUUUAAUUAAAUGUUUAUUAAUAUAAUUUAAUAAUUUUAAAUUCUGAACAGUGUGAGGUGUGUCAAUAGCUUUACUAUUUAAAGAAUAUACUAUUUUUAAAUUAUUGUGUGAUAUUCCAAAUGUUGAGCAAAGUGUAGCAAAAUUACUAAAUAAAUCACUGUCAUGUAAAUCUAAAAUGAAAUUCUCACCACUGUAAGUCUUUCUUCUCUGAAAAAGUUGUCUUUCCCACCACCUUCUUUUUUUAUUAAUUUUUUUUUUUGAUAUUUUAUUACGCAUUAUAACAAAUGCAGCAGCGCCAAUGCAGCAUGCGACUUGAUCUAUACCUGACAUGGUGUGAUGGCAAACAUAUAGCGAACAACAAAUUAUAAACAAACAUUUGUUGUCAUUAAUAAAAUGUUUGGCAAAUGUUCGACAAAUGUUUUUGUCGAACAUUGUUUCACAAACAAUGUUUCCCCAAAUGUUUGUUAGGUGUGGACGUAGCAUUAUAAGAUCGAGUUUUUAAUUUUCUAAAUUUUGAUUGUUAUGAAAAACCAUAUGAGUACCAUUUGAACAUUUUUGAAGAGAUUUCAAAGUAAACUGUUCUAACAUCAAAAAUAUUUGAAAAUUCUAGUUGUAUAAAUUGUUUUUAUUAUUUAUUUAUUAGUUGAAUGAUUUGGACGAAGAAGAAAAAAAAUUAAAAUUUCAAAAUUUGCUCCAACUUUUAGAUAAAAGUUUAAAAAUAACAAACAUUUUUGAAACCAGAUUACAACAAUGUAAAGAUGAAAUUAUUCAGUAAGUGAUAGAAGUACAAUAUAUUAAGUUAGAAUAUGAUAAAUUUGAAAUAAAUAAACAACUUAAAUUAGUAUGUAAAUAUUGUUACUAUUUUAAUAUAUAAUAUAGUAUUAUUGUCACAUUAGAUAAUACAAAUAUUAAAUAUAGUAAUUGUAAUCAGUGAUGAGCAGUAGAGUAUAAAUUUGACACAGCUACAACAUUUUAAGAGGUAAUGGGUGGGGUGCACUUGGAUAGUUAUUUUGAUACCUGUUUGUUUAAUAUUAAUACUUUAUGUAUCUAAUAUUCUAAUAUUUAAGUUAUUAUCAAAUAUCACAAUAGUAUCAAACAUAGACCAUGGGUACUAAAUAUCUACAUAGCCACUGUUAUAAGUAAUAUAAUGUAAACAAAUUUGUAUUCAAUGUUGAAAAUAAAUAAUUUUAUUUCCUUUAUAAAUUGAAUGCAUUUUAUCAUUAAUAUCUUUACUAUAGUGUUAAAAUAUUUUCAUUACAUUUUAUGUAGACGAGAACUGGAAAAAACUAAAAUUUCUCAAACAAAGAAUCCAAAAGAAACAACUGAUGUAAGUAAUGUACCUUAUUAACUAGUAUUAUCUAAUAUGAAUGUAUAUGAAUAGUAUAAGCAAUCUAUUACAUAUUAACCUUUAAAUAAUUUAUAUAGUAAAAAUACAAUAUAUAUAUUUAAUAUGAACUAUAUAUAUCUAGGAUAAUAGAACAUUAAAAGUGAAACAUUAUUUAAAUUUAUUUCAACAACCCAGAUUAUUUAAUGGACAACUUAAAACUCAUCAGAUUGAAGGUCUUUUGUGGAUUCGAGUAUGUAUGAAUUUUCAAUAUAUAUAUACACUUAUUUCUUGUAAUUUUUUGUUUAAAAUCAAUCUAUUUAUGAAAAACCAAAUAAUUUUCCAACAAAAUGUGUAUUGUAAUAUUCUUUAUUAUUGAAUUCACAUAUUCUUUUUAGACUUUGUAUGAAAAUGGUCUGAAUGGUAUCUUGGCUGACGAUAUGGGACUUGGAAAAACCAUACAGUCCAUAGCUUUCUUUUGUUUCCUCGUAGAAAUGGGCAUAACUGGACCAUUUCUUGUAAUUGCACCACUUUCAACAAUACCUAAUUGGUUAACUGAAUUUAUUACAUUUGCCCCUCAAGUAAGUAGCUGAUUUUAGAACCAUACAUAAUUUGUUUUAAGAUAUUUAUUUUUAUUUUAGUUAUACACACUUUUGUAUCAUGGUAACAAAAAAGACCGUGCUGAAAUAAGGUCAAAAUUCAGAAAUAUACACAAAGUAAAUAAUAAAGACUGCUAUUCAAUUAUAGUUACUACCUAUGAAACCAUACGGUUUGAUAUCAAACAUUUACAAAGUAUCGAUUGGAAAUUUAUCAUUAUGGAUGAAGGCCAUAAGUUAAAAAAUGUUGAUUCUCAAAUUUCUCAGUGAGUAAUAUUUUCAUUGUAGUAUUUUAAUUUAUAAAAAUGUAUUGAUAAUUAUUUUGUAAAAUGCAGGGCUAUGCGAUUAUUAAAAUGUCCAAACAAAUUAAUACUUACUGGAACCCCAAUACAAAAUAAUAUGACUGAACUUUGGUCUCUAUUAAAUUUAUUAAUGCCAGAGAUGUUCAAUAAAUUAGAGGAUUUCAAUUCUUGGUUUAAGACUGAUGACUUUUUUAGUUCUAAUGACAAAAUUGUAGUGUUAGCAAAAAAAGAUGAAAUAUUGGAUAUUAUAUUAAAGGUAAAAUUAACUUGAUUUUGUUUUAUUACAAAUAUUCAAUUAUUAAAGUCCAAUUCAUCCAAUUUAUAACUAAGUGUAUAGAAUGAUAAAUUUGUUAUACUUAAAGGUUUGCAUUGUAUUAACACAAAAAAAUUGAUUUUUGGAACAAAAAAUAAAACUUCCUAGAUUAACUAAUUACUUUCUCCUAAUCAGAAUCUAAUCAGUGUUAGCUAUAUACCGCUGUCCUAAGAAAAACCACUGUAAAUCAAAAAAUCUUGAUUAUACUAGAAUAAUAUGUAAAAUUAUAAUAUUGAACAUAGCAAAUACAGAAUAUAAUCUCAUUUUUUCUUUUGAUUUAUGACAUAUUUUCUUAGGGCAGCAGUAUAGUAAUUUUAGGCAUUUAUAUCAUUUCAUACACUAAAGACAUGGAUUUUUUUUUAAAUUUGUACUACUAAUGAUGUUUUCUCAACAAUAUAUAUGUCAUAUUAUAGUAAAAUAAUUAAAUAGGUAUUAUAUAUUUUCUUUAAUGAUAUUUGUUUUGUUUUGUACAGAUUUUCUCAGUAUUCCUACUUUUUUCCUUUGGUUUUUUCUUUGUUUUAUCCUGCUUUCAAAAUCGAAAAAUGACCUCUCUAAAGUACCUCUCCAGUCAGAUUUUAUUUUAUAAACAUUGCUAUCAUUAUAAAUUAGAGCAAAAUUGCUGGUAGAAAAUUUAUUUACAGGAAAAAAAACCGCAAUAUUUUAGUAAUAUAUAUUUUGUACAUUUUCCCGGUUUUUUUUUUCGGUUUUUCAAAUUUGAUGAGAAAACUUGAGAAAAUCAAAAAAUGACCUUUCCAGUCAAAAAUGAAAGAAAAAUUAUUCUAUAUCAAUUAUCUAUAAAUUUUAAUACAUAUUUUUAAUUUAUUAGGUAAAAAAUUAGGUAUUCUCCAAAAUAGUGAAAGUAAUAAUUACAAAGUAAAAACAGUGAAAUCCAAGCAAAAAAAAAAAAAUUAAAUGUUUAUAUAUUGAGAGUUAAAUUACUUGAUAUGUUUUUAAAGGAAGUUAUUUUAUCAUUCUUAUCAUAAUUAUUGAGUAAUGUUUUAUCUCUCUUUGUAAAGUUUUUAUUAUUAUUAUUUUUUUUUUUUGUGGCUGCUUACCAUCAAAAUUUGAUGCUUAUUUUGUUUCCUCCAAUGAACUUCUAAAUUAUUGAAUAAUAUGAGCCUUAAAAAAAUAAUAUAAAUUUACACAUCUAUCAGUUUUGAAAAUCCUCCAUGCAAAUCUUCAAUGUAUUGUUUGUGGUUUGAUGCUCAUCUCUAUCUGUUAACCAAGGCUAGCAGAUAUUAGCACGGAUAUUACAGUUCCAUGUUAUUCUUGUUAUUAAUGUUAUUGUUUUACAUACGUUUAUCACUUAAUUUGAUGGGACACAACCAACAUUUGAAUGUGGUGCCAAACGCACUUAGGGAAAUGAAAAAACCUCUCUGGUUGUGUAAAAAUGUCUGAAAUACAUAUUUUCAUUCGGGCCAACAACAUAUAAUAAAACAUUAAUAUUAUUAAUAUAAAUUAUUAAUCUAAAAUAUCUGUCUCACAAAAUGUUUAUCUCAAUAUAAGUAUUAAUAGUAUUUAUGCAGUUUUAGAACAUAUUAUGGGAUUAUGAGAUAUUACUUUUACUUGUAUUAUUAUUAUUACUAAAAUAAUAACUAAUACCCAUGUACAAUUCAAUAUUCUCAAUGGAUUAUUUUUUAAUUGUGUAUUUAGUAUAUGAGUAUUAUAAUCAUCAUCAUCAAUGUGCUGUCUAAUUCAUUUACCCACAUCUUUUCCUAGCCAUUGUUGCUUUGGCUAGUUUAGUUUUUGCUCUUAUUACUUUGACCUUUUUAUUUCACUAUUUAUUAUGAUUUCACUGUUUUGGCCUAAACCCAAAAAAUACACAACUUUUUAAAAUGUUGCUCUACAAUAAUAUUUUUUCAUGUAUACAUAUAAUAUUACUGAAUACUACUAUACAAUACUGACAAUAAUAGUUAUUCUACUAAUCCUUAAAUUAUGAAUUUACUUUUUAGAUAUUAAAACCAUUUAUUUUAAGAAGAGAAAAAAAAGAAACAGAUUUAAAACUACCACCCAAGAAGGAAAUUGUUGUAUAUGCUCCAAUUACUGAAAAACAAAAAGAAUUAUAUCAGGCAACAUUGAAUUCUCAAAUGGAAAUACUAAAUAAAAAAGAUAAGGUAAUCAUUUUCAGUUAUGAUAAAUAAAAAUAUUUUAAUUAAGAAAAAUAUUAAACAGAAUAUACAAUUUUCAUUUUCUACAUAAUAAAACAUGUUAUAACUUGUAAGUAUGUAAAUGUUGUUUUAAACUAAAUGGUUUGCUAGUAAAAAAAAUGUAUAUUAAGUAGAUAAAAGUACUGAAUAUUCUGUAUAAUUAAAAUAUAUAUUUCAAUAUUAUUGAAUUAGUAGCUAAAAACAAAGGCCUCUGAAAGUUUAUUGCAUUUUAUUGUAAAUUAAAAUAUUUUUACAGUAGAAUAAUGAUUAAUGAACAUAUUAUUAUUGCAAUUUGUUAAUGGAAAAAUAUCUCGUUCACAUUAUUUAAAGACUAAAUUAACAUUUUCAAUAUAUAAUAAUAAUUUAAAUUUCAUUAUAUAUUUUUUCUAUAUUCUGUUUAAAAAUGUUUAUCUGUAUCAAGUAAUUAUUAGUAUUUUUUAGUGUUCUAAAAGAGUUAUAAAUAAGAACAAUUGUAAACCAAUUGUGUUUUUGUUUCAUUCAGAAUCUAAUGUUUAAAAAUAAUAAACCUAUACCAGUGGUUCUCAAACUGUGGUUACUCGUACCAUUGGUUUUACAUGGUACAAAACAUGGUGGUAUUAGUACAGAAAAUAAACAAAUUAAUAUUCCUACAAAUGUUUUUUAAUGGAUUUAACACUAUAUUUUAUAAAACAUUAUGAAUUGUUCAAUUUUUAGUUUUACAUGGUUCCUAAAAAAUCCAUAAUACAUAUAAGUGGUAUGCGAAAUUAAUAGUUUGAGAACUUCUGCUAUAUACAAUAAUACAUAAUUUGUAAUUAUAACUAUUAUUUUCAGGAGAUAGUUGAUAUUAUUAAUGCGACUACCCCCAAAAGAAGCUGUGUACAACGAAUAGUAAAAUAUACAUAUAAUAAUGCUAUCAAAACUAAACCUGUUAAACAAAAGUAAGUGUAUUACAAAAUUGUGUGGUAUUUAACCCUUCAUAUUCAUCACCAGUAUUUUAAUACCCCAGACAUUAAAAAUGUGGAGAUAAAAACCAUGAAUCUUUACCACCAUGAUAUAAUAAAAAUAAUAUAAUCUACAAAAAAUUACAUUAACACAUGGGGUAUUAUAUUAACCCAAGUGGCUAAAAUUGUUCAAAUUUUUUAAGAAAACUAACUAAUGAUUAAAUUAAAUUAUCUAAAAAUUGGUCUAAAAAAAAGUAUAAUUAUUAAUGGCAAGUCAUUUUUUUGUACUCCUUUAAAUUUUCAUUAACAAACAUUAUUAAUAUAAGAAAUUUUAAUAAAUAUAUAUGGACAUACUUAACACUUGAGUAUAAUAACUGUUAUAAGUGAGGAGUUGGCAGUGUAAUAGAGGAAAAAUUGUAUGUAUAUCUCUGUAGGUAAUAAUAAACCAUUGUUAACGAAAAAUAAUUUUGAACUGAGCUCAGCUGCUUUGUCAACAAUAUAUAUAUACCAUAUUAUGGUAAAAUAAUUACAUAAGCAUUAUAUAUUUUCUUUAAGUUUAAUAUUGGACCUAUUUUUCCGGUUUUCCCUUGUUUUUUCUUGGAUUUUUACAUUUGCUGGGGAAAACAAAAAAAUGACUUCUUUAAAGUACCUUCCCAGUCAGAUAUCCUUUUUAAAAAAAUGGUAUCAUUAUAAAUCUGAGAGAAAUUGCUGGUAGAAAAGUUAUUUACAAGAAAAAAAAGACUGUAAUAUUUUUUCAACCAAUACCUACAUAUUCCCCCAAGUUUUUCUAAUUUACUGGGAAACUUGAAAAAUAACCUUUUUAAAGUAACUGCUGAAUCAGAUUAUGUUUUAGAAAAAGUGCUGUACUUAAAGAUCAGAGUAAGGUUUCUGGCAGAAAAUUUGCACUGUUAAAAAAAAAAAAAUUAUAUAUAUAUGAUUUUUAAUCUGAAAUCACACAAAAGAGCCUGAAGUUCUUAGACAUAGUGUAUACUGUAAUAAAUAUAUAGUGAAACCUGUAUAUGGACAGUUAUGUGAUUAUUAACAGGUGUCAGUAAUAAACGGGCAUGGGAGGUAGCAUUUUCAUGAAAAACAUAAAAUGAACAGAAAAAACGUACAACAUUAUAAUACAGAAUAAAACACUGAAUAGUCCUAAUAGUUUUUUUGGUUAUAUUGAUCCUCACAAUUAACUUUAUACUUUUUAUCAAACAUGUAAUCUGGCAUAUAAUGGGUAUUCGAAAUACAAGGCGAGGCUGUCAUGUGGUCUGUAUGUACCUAGUACAACAUAUUUAAUUUUGAACUAAGAUAGUCUAUUAUUGAUGUAUUAUCAAAAAAAAAUUAUUGUUGAUAUCUGUAAUAGAAAGAGUUCAUUAUAGACAUUUAAAUGGCUAUUUUUUUUCUGGGAUCUUAUUAUUUUGUUCAUUAAGAGAGGUGUCCACUAAGACAGGUUUCACUGUAAUUAUAUUAAUAGUAAUUAUUUAGUAUUAAUAUGGCUAUAACUAUUUUUAAUAAUUUUAGGGUAGAUAAUUCAAAUAUAGCUAUUUCUUUAGUUAUGACAAAACCUUAUAUUCAGUUGAAAAAAAUCGCAAAUCAUCCAUACCUUGUCCACAUGCCUUUAAUUCCAGGACAAAACAAAAUUCUUGUUGAUGAAAACAUUGUAAAAGCUAGUGGGAAAUUUCAAGUUUUGGAUGCGAUGUUACCAAAAUUAAAGUCCCGUGGACAUAAGGUAAUAUACAUAUAUAUAUAUAUAGUUACAUAUAUUAUACAUAAGUUGAUUUCAGUAUUUAAUUACUUUUAGACCGAAAUGUAUUUUAUUCAGUAUUAUACCUGCUUAAAAAUAAAUAAUUAUUGAUUACAUAUUAUUUAUAUAUUCUUAGUUUUUUUUUCCACAAAUAUAGAUUUUCAUUUAAUUUUUCAGGUGUUACUAUUUUCUACUAUGGUACAAAUUUUAGAUGUAAUUGAAGAGUUCUUAAUAUUACGAGACUACAAGUAUACCAGAUUGGAUGGUACUAUGCAAAUUGAACCUAGAGUAAAUGCAAUUAAAAUGUUCAACACUGAUCCAGAAUGCUUUUUGAUGAUGAUAUCUACACGUGCAGGGGGACUAGGCUUAAAUUUGACAUCUGCAGAUACUGUCAUUAUAUUUGACAGUGACUGGGUAUGUAUUUUUUAGUAUUAUUAUUUUAUAUUAGUAAUUACAAAUUACAACUCUUAUUCUGAACCUUAUUUACUAUGCUAGUAGAAAAAUAAUGUCUACCAACAAUAAAUUCAAUAUUUACUUAUUUAUAGGUCUAUAUUAAACAUUCUCUAACAAUCAAUCUAAAUCUACUAUUUUUAAACCUGAAGAGAUGUACCAUGGUUCAAUUCCUUGUGAUCUUAAUGGGUUAAUGAUUUAGUAUUGAUAUUUAACUAUUAUUAUUCAUUUUUUUUUUUUUUUUUUGCUUAACAAGUGGAAAUAAAGUUUUUAUUUAUUUUAUAUUACAAAAUAAAAUUAUAUGUACAUUUUUAUGUCAUAGGCAUAAAGUAAAAUCUUUACUAAAUGUCUAUUUUAAGUCAAGUAAAUAAUAAAAAUUCAACAUUUUAUAUCGUUCUAAAAACUAAACUAUAUUUUAUUAUUAAUAUUAUUAUUAUUAUACAACAAAAUAAAAAUAAAAAUUUCACAGAAGUGGUUUAACUUUGAAAAGUAUUAUAUCUUAUCUAUAUUGAAUACUGGACCAAUUUAAUUCAAAUAAUGGCUUAGAACAGGUUCCUCAGAUUGUAUGUUGUGACUCAAAAUUGGGUCACGAUCAUAUUUUUAAAUAAUAUAUUUUUUAGAUUCUGAAUGAAGCCAGGGAUGUAUUAAUUUUAUAAUAUUAUUUUUAUUUUUUUUUAUCCGUGAACAACAUUUUUACUAGAAAUUUUGCUACCAUUUACAAGCACUUGUAGUACUUUUUCUAGUUUUACUUCUUUUUACUUUUUUGACUGGAGUAGUACUUUGGGAGUUAGUUUUUAAUUUCCCUAAGAGUUUUCCCAAUAAAUGUACAAAAUGCAGGUAUUAGGUUAAAAAAUAUAAUUGCCAUUAUUUUUCUCUGUAAACAAAUUUUCUACCAGCAAAUUGGAUCUGUACUUACCAAUGAGAGUAUGCCACUGAACAAACUUCAUGAAUCCCCAGAAAAAAUAAUAAACCAAAAAAAAGUCUUAGGAUAAUGAGGUCGGGUGCAGCCACUGUUAUAAGUAAUUUAUUGUACACCUGUAAGCAAUAAUAAACCAUUUCUAAUGAAAAAGACAAUUCGGAGUGGUGUUCAGUUGAUAGUGCUGUUUUGUCAACAAUGUCAUAUUAUGGUAAAAUUCCAAUUAUUCCAAUUCCAAUAUUAAAAUGGAUUUCGUUUUUCCUCUGAUUUUUUUCUCGGUUUUUCACAUUUGUUGAGAAAACUUCUGGGAAAAUCUAAAAAUUACCACUUUAAAGUACCUUCCCACACCAAUUUCCUUUCAGAAAAGAUGCUACACUUAAAAUCCGAGUAAGAUCUUUGUUGGAAAAGUUGUCCACAGAAAAAAAUUAAAAUAAAUAUCUUUAUAAAACCAUACGCUUUUGUUCCACUCAGAAUCUAAAAAAGGAUCAUUGAUAUUAUUGUGGCCACCAAAAAAUUUAGCUUAGAAUAUAUCAGAGUACUCAAAGACAAAUUUGUAUCCAUAAAUGAAGCUGUAGCAACCUUAUCAAAUUUUAAUGGCCAAGGUUUUGUUAAAUGAUAGGAAAAUGGCAAUGUCAUUACAGUUAAUGUUUGUGUUUUAAAAAAAGUGUGAAAUAUUUUAGCAAAUACUACUAAACAAUAACAAGUAUUAACUAAAAACUUAGAAAAAUUUGUAUCUAUAAUAAAACUUUUUAUUCAUUUUUUUUUUAUAUUCCUCUUAUAUCUAAUUAGUAAUUACUAAUUACCUAUAUUCAUUUGUAAUUCUGGUCAAUUUCAAAACAAUAGUACCUUAGGACAAAAAAUUAAAAAUAUUUCAUAUACUGACAUAUUUUAUCUACUUAUAAAUUAUACAUAAUUUUUACAUAGAAUAGCAAUAAAUAACUAAUAAUAAAUAUAAUUUAGUUUUUAAAAUUAUAUGAAACAUUUUACUUAAGUUUCUGAGUGGAGUGAAGAAGCUUAUGAUUUUACAAAGAUGUUUAUUUUUUUUUGUUGACAACUUUACUCUGAUUUACAAUGAAAACACUUUCUGAAAGGAAAUUUGGCUAAGAAGGUAAUCUAGGAAAUUCAUAUUUUGAUUUUCCCAACAGUAGCCUGUAUAUAAAUAUAUAUAUAUAUAUUGAUAGUCCUAUAAAUGAAGUAAUAGUUGAAAUAAAUUUUGUUGCUGAAAUUUAUUUUAAAUAAUAUUAAAUCUUUUUAUGGGAUUUUUAAUGUAGGAAACAACUUAAAUGUUCUAGAAUACAAAUUUUGAAAAAAAUUUAAUACUUUCUGAGAUAAUAAGUGUCUUAUAAUAGAUUGAUUACCCUGUAUAUUAUUAAAAAAACAUCACUGAACUCUGCUCAGAAUCACUUAUUAAAGCAAUUAUUAUUAAACCUAAUGGUAGGAGGGUUUAAAAGUCCCUUGUCUAAGGAAUCUAAAUUAUUAAAUAUAAUUUUCUAAAGCAAUACAAAUGGUUAGCAAAAAGUUAUUUUGUUUCAAUAAAAUUGUAUGUAUUAUAUAAAAAUAACUUUUGGUUAAUAAUUUGUUUAGCGUUAGAAAAUUGUAUUUAAUAAAUUAGAGCUGUCUGAGAAGGGAAACAUUUUAACUCUUUUACCAUUUUUAUUUUUUUAAAUAUUUCAAAUUUUCAAGUUUUUUUGUAAAUUUUAAGUGCAACUAGGUCCAAAUCCUACUGAUGAGUAUUAUAGAAUACAUAAAUAAUUAAAAUAUUGUUUCAGAAUCCUCAAUGUGAUUUGCAAGCCCAAGAUAGGUGUCAUAGAAUGGGGCAAAAAAAACCAGUUGUUGUUUACCGUCUGUGUACCAAAAAUACUUGUGAUGAAAAAAUAUUAGAAACUGGGGCUGCAAAACGCAAACUUGAAAAAUUAAUUGUUGGAAAUGGUAAAAUUAUAGUAUAACAAUUCUUAUUUUGUAGUACAAAUUUAUUUUUCUAAUUAUGUGUUAUUUUUAUUUGAUAUUGUAGGAGUAUUUAAUAAUGAUUAUAAAAAAAUGACCACAUCAGAUAUUGGAGAACUAUUGAGUUUAUUAGAAUCAUCGGAGUACAACAAAAAAAUACAAUCUAAUGGUUAUAGUAUGUGUUAAUAGUAUUUUAUUUAAUAAAUGGCCAAUUUUUUUUACUUUCUGGUCAAUAUACUGUAAACAUACUUUUGUAUUUCAGUUUUUACAGAUGAAGAAUUAGAAAUUUUAUUAAAUAGAUCAGACAUGAUAAACCCAUUAUCACAAAAAGAUAAAUUAAAACAACAAAUGGAUGUACAGUUACAAGCUGCUGAACAUUUUAAAAUAUUAUCAAAUUACUAA